GCCCCACCCUCUGUGGUUUAAUGGUCUUAACAUAUAUAAUGUUAACGUGUAAUUUAAAUUACUAGUCAGUGUAUCUAAUUUAUAAAUGCAAUGCUAGACUUUUUGAAUAUUCUGUCAGGGUAUGAACAUGUGUGCUAUAAGAUGUUUUGUAAAGAAAUGUAGGUUGUGAACAUGGAUAUUGUUUUUUUAUAUUGUUUGUGAGUGUGUGUGUGUGUGUGUGUGUGUGUGGGUGUGUUUGGGUGCAUGAGCGUGUGUAUUAGAUAUCAGCAGGUAUCCAUCCCUAAACUCUUUUUGUUUGACAAAGGUACCACAGUGACUUUACUUUUAUGAAACUUUAACAUUAAGCUCUUGUUUUUCUCUAUGAUGCUCAUAAAAAAACCUUCAUGAACCUUUUUUUUUUUUUUUUUUACAUAUGGCAAGUCAACAUAUCUUCUUCCAGCAUUUUUAUACAUGCUGGCUGAGCUGAAAAUGCACUUAUUGCCAGUGGCCAACUGUGAAUGGAGAGCCUUUGACAUAAUGAGAGGGUUGGUGCAUGUGCAAGCAUGCUACCAUUACUCAUAUCCGCUGAAUGCUGUGGACCUAUUUUUACUGCUUUAUAACCAAUGCCCUGUGCUUGUAAUAUUAAAUCAUGACCUACAGUGUUGCUACUAAAACAUGUUACAAAAACUAUGGCGAGCCAAUGCUGUGUUUAUGCUUUUAUUUCAAAUUUCUCUCCUUUGAGACAAGUAAUGCCAGUGAGGAUGUUUGUUUGAAUUAAUAAUGCUGGAGUGUGUGUGUGUGUGUGUGUGUGUGUGUGUGUGCGAUUGUGUCGACUCUGCUGAUGCUGAGGAAUGGCGCGUAUUUUGCCUGAAGACUGUGAGCUCAGCUUGUGCCCCACUUAUAGAAACGUGUGACAAAUAAACUCUUGUUUCUCGUCAGUGUGGCUCCACCGUUUCUCUGAAGUUUGCGGAGCAGUGUGUCACAUUACGCUGCGCUUCAGCACUGCCUUCCUCUGUCACUAUGGCACCCUGAAGGGCAGAGAUCAGAAGUGGAUCCGCCGCAUGAACACUAUCUCCUGAUUCAUGUUUAUCUGCCGCAGACAGUCUUCCUCUGCACUACACAAUGCAACUUCUCUCUGUCAAUCAGAGGAGAUGCAAACAUUACUGAAAAACAACAAUAUUCAUUCACUCAAGUAUUUCUUUGAAGUACUUAUACUUCACUUGGCAUCUCAACUGCAUCAAAAGUCAGAGGUCAAUAUUGUGCUAUUUCUGCCAGUAUUAUUAUUUUAUUUGUAAAUUUAAAAAAUGAGUAUCAUAUUUUAUUAUCCAAUAAUCUGUGAAAGCUUUCCUACUUUUACAGAAGCAAAACAUUGCAUAUACUUUACAUCUAAUUUGUAUUGUAGCAGAAUUCUAUUUCUACACUGUAGUAUUAUUCAAUUUACGAAUGCAAAACUUUUACGAAUAUGAAAUGACCAAGUAAAAGUAGGUGAGUAAAAUGACUUGCAUCUGUAUUGAAAAUGGGAGUCGAUGAUAAGGCAGUUACUAUAUGUGAAUUCAUAUUUGGCAGUGGUCUUUAUCAGUGCUCAACAGCCGGCAGUAACACACACACACACACACACGGCCUCUCAGAGUGUCUGUCAGACACACAAUUCUCUCGUGAAGACACGCAGCAGCACUGAAGUGACUGGUAACCAUGUUAAGGCUUCUGCUCCUGUGUCUACUCCUCCUGUUUCGAGCUCAAAGGUCCUCAGCAUGCCCUCACCUUUGCUCCUGUCAUGGAAGUCGGGUGGACUGCAGCAGCACAUCUCUCACCUCCUCCUCGCUGCCCAACAGUUUCCCUGCUGGAACCACCGAGCUCCUCCUCCACAACAACUUGCUGACUAGCCUCCCUAAUGGACUACUAGACCAUUUGACCUCCCUGAGCUCAGUUUCCCUGCAUGCUAACCCCUGGGUGUGUGACUGUGGUGUCCUCUACCUGCGGGCCUGGCUGCUGCGUCAGCCCCCCAGCCUCGCAUCACACCUGCGUGUCAACUGCAGCUCCCCCCCAAACCUGAGAGGGCGGCUGGUGGUGUAUUUAACUGAGGAGGAGUUGCUGGAGUCCUGCAACUACUGGUACUGUGACCUGGCUUUGGCCUCACAGGUGUGUUUACUUGUGUUUGUGGUGGGGCAGGCCGUGCUGUUGGUGGCCCUCGUCGUAUUUCUGAAGAGGUUCGAGAGGCUGACCAAAGAGGCGAAGAGAACCACAGAGGAGAGCUUCACAGCCGGGGAAGGUCAUAGGAGCAAUGAGCAUGCAGCUUUAAUGGACAGCAGCAUCUGAGCAUAUUUACUCUGGUUUCUACAGUUCACACCUCAUCUCCUCUUCUCUGUUACCAUUGACCUGCUUGGAAAAGCCCUUUCCUCUUAUUCCUAUUAAAUAUUCAUAUUAUAACAUGAACAGUUAUAUGACAAAAAAGACAGGUGA